AUGGAAGAAGAAUUUCUAGGAAUUAUGAGUUUAGCAAAAUUAAAGAAAAAGGAAGAAAUUAUCGUCAUGUGUGCUUCUCCUGAUUCCAUUCGGGAAAUAAUGCUAACUGCUGAUGACCUCGGAAUGGUAGACAGUGGAGAAUAUGUUUUCUUCAGCGUGGAACUCUUCACCAGCAAAGACGAAAGUAGACGGCCGUGGUACAGAGAAAACGACACGUCAGCAACAAAUCUGAAGGCACGAAAGGCUUACGAAGCUCUUCUAACUGUAACCGACAGAAUACCAGAGACUGCAGAAUACGCCGAAUUUUCUAGGGGAAUAAAAAGUUUAUCAAUGAAGUAUUUUGGAAAGGCUUAUGGAAAAGAAGAGGUAAAUUCCUAUGUAACAGCUUUCCAUGAUGCUGUCAUCCUGUACUCUUUGGCUGUGAAUGAAACUUUGAGCGAAGGUUUCAGUGUCAAAAAUGGAAGCAUAAUUACCCAAAAAAUGUGGAAUCGAACUUUCGAAGGUAUCACUGGCAACGUUAGCAUAAAUGAACAAGGAGACCGUUUCGUUGAUUAUUCCUUGCUGGAUAUGGACUCAAAUACUGGAAUAUAUGAGGUGGUUGCAAAUUAUUAUGGCGUCAGUCAACAAUUUGUGGAUGUUCCAGAUAAAUACAUUCAUUGGGCCGGAAAUCGGGAUUCUGCCCCACCUGAUGUUCCGGAAUGCGGGUUCGAUGGUUCAUUAUGUACAGAUGAGCUUUUUCCACAAUAUGUCAUCGUCACAUCGGUUUUAAGUGGUGUUGUUCUUGUCUUCGUCGUUAUGUCCUUUUUUAUCUACAGGCACUUUCAACUGGAAGCAGAAUUGGCUUCAAUGACUUGGAAAAUUCGAUGUGAGGAUAUUGUAACUACGAAACCGGGCGUUAAGAAAAGAUCCGGUUCGAAGCAAAGUCUCAUUCGUCCCAGUCUCGCCAGCUCCUGCCCAUCAGAUGCUUUAUCAAUUGCGAGUAUGAACAGACACGUUUUUGUCAGAAACGGAUAUUAUAAAGGCAUGAUUGUAGCUAUAAAGACCAUCAACAAAUCUAGGGUGGACAUAACUCGGUCGCUUUUGCUGGAACUUAAAAAGAUGAAAGACCUUCAGCAUGAACACAUUGUUCGAUUUGUUGGCUGCUGCAUAGAUCCGCCUCACUGUUGUCUCGUAACCGAAUAUUGUCAAAAAGGAAGUUUACAAGACAUCCUUGAAAAUGAUGAAAUCAAACUAGAUUGGAUGUUUAGAUUCAGUUUGAUACAUGACAUCGUUAAAGGAAUGGCUUACCUUCAUAGCAGUGAAAUACGUUCUCAUGGGAAUUUAAAAUCUACUAACUGUGUUGUGGAUAGUCGCUUUGUCUUGAAAGUGACGGAUUUUGGUCUUCAUUGUCUUAGAAUUUAUGACGAAAAUGAGAACGAAGAUUCGUAUGCUCACUGGAGAAGGAAACUGUGGACAGCUCCUGAGUUGCUGAGGAUGCAGAACAGACCGUUAGAUGGAACGCAAAAAGGAGACGUCUAUUCAUUCGCUAUCAUCGCCCAUGAGAUAGUUGUUCGACGAAGUGUCUUCUACACUGGCGCUGAGCUUUCACCAAAAGAAAUUGUGGAAAAUGUAUGUUACGGAUUGAAGCCACCUUUCCGCCCUCGACUGGAUUCAGACACAUGUGAUGAAAGCAUGAUUCAAGUAAUUAAGAGAUGUUGGUCUGAAGAUCCAGGAGAGAGACCAGACUUUCAAACUUUGAAAUCUGUCAUUCGGAAACUGAACAAGUAA